CUCUCAAGUAAUAUUAUAUCUGUGUAAAGGAAGAUGGCGGCGUCCUUGACCAGUACGGUUUGCCGGAGCUUCCUGGCUCCGCUGAGCAGGUCACGACCUCCCCUAAACAGAGCUCUUCACGUCACUUCAUUGUGCUGCAAAAACCGAGCCGCUCGCAUCCGAGUGGGCAAAGGCGACCGUCCUGUUACCUACGAGCAGGCCCUGAAACCUCACCACAUCGGCCAUCAAAAAGGAUGGCUCUCGCAGCAUACUAGUAACCUAAAAGGCGAAGAGGGCGCGGCGGAGCGCGCUGUGGAGGACACGUUCAUCCGGCGCCUGAUAUUCGGGACUUUCCACGGCUGCCUGGCCAACGAAGUGGUGAUCAAGCGGCGCGGCAACGUGUUGACGGUGUGUGUCCUGCUGCUGCAAAAGCUGCCUCCGAACAGGUUCUACUUCCUCAUCGGGUACACAGAGUCGCUCCUGGCACACUUUUACAAAUGCCCCGUCAAGCUGGAGGUGCAGACGCUGCGGGAGAAGCAAGUUUACAAGUAUCUGUGACGGACAUUCUCAAACAACCUCCAAUUUUUGGGACAUUCCUGAUUGAUUCACAGUAUUGACAUGCAAUAAAAACAUGAGUAACAUAAGAAAGCAUCUUUCAAUUUA